CUCCUGCAGAACGCUGUACUUCCGGCUUCCUGAGAGCGCCGUGAUCAGGGUUCUGCUCAGGAAUAUUUCACCUGUUCUCCAGGUUCUCUUCCAGCUGACGGCUCGUUUCCGGAAACUCCGUCUUGUUUUAAUAGUUUUAGGUUUGUUAGUAUACCAGAAGCAUUUUUCCAGGAUGUAGUCAGUUCGGGGUCUCGGUUCGGCUCGGUUCUGUUCCUGUCGGACUCACCUGGAAGGACGUCUAAUGGGAAGCAGCAAUCAUGCCGCAGCCCAGGUUGAUGCUGGUGGUCACGGGAGAUGACUUCGGCUACUGUCCCAGGAGGAACCAGGGAAUCGUGGAUUGUUUUCAGGCUGGAGGAAUUUCCAACGUUUCUCUGCUGGUUAAUGCUUCAGCAGCCAGAGAGGCAGCAGAUCUGGCUAUUAGACAUCAAAUCCCCGUCGGCCUCCAUGCCAACCUCUCAGAGGGGAAUCCGGUGUGCCAGACCCUCCAGCAGGUCUCCACCCUGACCAACCAGCAAGGCUUCUUCCUCGGGAAGAUGGGCUUCCGUCAGGCUCUGGACAGAGGUCAUCUCGACAUGAAACAGGUGGACAAAGAGCUGAGGGCUCAGGUCAGGAAGUUCAUGGAGCUGACGGGUCACCUUCCUCACCACAUGGACGGACACCAGCAUGUUCACGUCCUGCCAGAGGUCCGUCAGGUCUUUGCUCAGGUCCUCUCUGAUCUCAGGAUCCCGUUUACUCGAGUUCCGGUGGAACCGAAUCUACGCAGCUCCCCGGGUCUGCCGGGUCACCUCCGAAGGUUCUACAUGCAGGUGGAGAAAGACGCUCUGGAGUCGGUUCCUGUCUUCCAACAACAUGGACUCAGGUGGCCAGAUGUGUACCUGGGACUGAGUACCAUGGGUCAGAACAUGUCCGUCCCCAGCCUGCACAGGGCCCUUCAGCAUGCCUUGGCUGCAGAGUCCUCGGGUAGUACUUCCAGGAAAGUCUCCGGCUGUGGUCAAUCUGUGAUUACUGCAGAGCUCAUGGUUCAUCCGGGCUACCCCAGUCGUCCCCAGGAAGGUGGCUGUGGUCAGGGUCCUGAUGAAUUCUCCCAGUCGGCCGAUAGACUGCAUGAACUGAGCGUGUUGAGGGACCCGUCGUUGCUAACCCUUUACAGCCAGGAGAGGGUGCAGCUGUGUGGAUUUAAAGACCUCUGACGGUUGUUGCAUCAACUUUUAUAUACAGAAAACAUUCACACUGUAAGAUGCAAACUGAUUAUGAAAUCUGUGCUGGUUAAAGAGUUUCAUGUCACCAUAUGGUACCAUCCCUAUGAUGGCUUCAUUUGUCAGAACGUAGAAAUUCAGUUUUACAAUUUAGAAAAGAGUUCAAGUCCAGCUGCACACAAGCCCAUUUAAUCCAGUUAAUUUAAUUUAAAUAUGGUUAUCCAUCCUCCAUUCAUCCUCCAUCAUCCUCCAUUCAUCCUCCAUCCAUUCAUCAUCCAUCCAUCCUCCAUUCAUCCUCCAUCCAUUCAUCAUACCAUCUAUCCAUCCCUCCCUCCCUCCAUCCAUCUGUCCAUCCUCCAUCCAUCUGGGGUUCGGGUUGAGGGGCCAGUCAGCUGAGUGGCUCAGACUUUUCUGUCAUGACUGUAAACUGUAAACACACUAAAACAGGAAGUGAUGAGCAGGAGCUUCAUCCAAUAAUACUGUAGUAUUUGGGUCGGUGCAAGACAGCAAAGACUCAUGGGAAAUGCACAUUCUUCAGGAAGUUUAGCGAUUUCUACCCUAUAAACCUGAGUUGUAUGUUUUAACGUGUUAUGGUUGCGUUGUGGACUGUCCAGGGAGAGACGCUUCCCCUCUGUUACAACAGGAUGGUAAAAAAUAAAGCUGCUGACUAGCAUUUACUCUGUCAUUAUUUA